UUGAGAAUUUUAACAUGAAUUCAUAAUUUCUUUCCUCAUUUCUUUCUACUAAUAAUUAUUGAAUCUUAGAAGACGUACUGUAUCACAGUACUGUUUACUGUCUUCAUCCUAAUAAGACUCAAGUCCUGGACUCCACUGAGACCACACUGAGGUCGAGAUGCUCAACAUGGGGGCUGUGCUGCUGUUACUAAUUGGUGUGGCUGAAGGUGUGAAGACCUUCUGCGACGCCACACAGCCACACAUCACGACCCAGUGCUUUGGCUCUCUGGGAGGAACUGUGGAGGUCCUGCUGCCUACUCACUCCCCACAUGAGCAUUCCUACACACUGAAGAAAGAAUAUUCUGUGAUUUGUUGCAACAGCAGAACGACAGUAAACAUUCGAUAUUCAUUUAAUGACAGUACUGGAAUAUUUACUAUAAAGGACAUCGACUGGUCAGACAAUGGUACAUACUCAAUGGAAAUACGUAAUGCUGCUGGAAUGAUAGUAGCAUAUACAACAUGUUAUUUAACCAUUCAAGUCCCAGACCGCAUCCCGUUCAUCGUUCGUCCUCUGACGGUGGUACUGCUGCUCCUAGCAGCAUUGGGAGUCUACUGGGCCCUAAAGAAGAAGAAAACCUCAAGACCUCGAGACAUCGCGCUGUCCUCCAUGGCGGUAGAUGAUGAUGUUCUGUACGGUAACGUCUCCGGGGCGACCGGAAGGAUAGACAUGUCUUCAGCAGUGUUCAGGCUGACCGAGUCGCAGCAGUCGGUCCUGCGGGCCUCUGAUGCGGCGGUGGCCUUCACCGCCCCCCCACGGGGCCACGCGGGCCCCAGGCUACCGCCAGGGCUAAGAAGCCGGAGGGGGUGGAGAAGGAGGCCCGAGCCCGUGUCGUCUCCGGGGGCGUCUUCGUGA